AUUCCUGAUAAUUAGCUACCCGCACUUGUCCGAGCUAUUCUCUCCACAACUCCAGAGUCCAAAUCAGACAAACAACACCCACGAGGGAUUGGUGCAGUGCAGCUACAAGGAGUAGAGAGAUCAAUGGAGGCCGUGAGUGCCUCCCACGGCGCAUUUGGUCCCCUGCUGUGGAAGCUCACCACCUUGCUUGCCGAUGAGUGUGCUCGGCUGAAAGGGGUCCGCCGUGAGAUCCGUUCCCUUAGGUCAGAGCUCGCCAGCAUGCAUGCUGCACUGAAGGAGUACAUGAAGCUAGAAGACCCAAAUGACCAAGUGAAGACAUGGAUAUCGCUGGUCAGGGAGUUAGCCUAUGAUACCGAGGAUGUCUUUGACAAGUUCAUCCACCAGCUUGGCAGCAGAAGCCUUCAUGGUGGCUUCAAGGAGUUCUUCCGCAAGACUGCUCGCCGUCUGAAGACACUUGGCUCUCGUCGCGGAAUCGCUGACCAAAUUGACGACCUGAAAGAUCGCAUCAAGCAAGUGAAAGAGCUCAAGGAUAGUUACAAGUUGAAUGAUGUUCCUUCGAGCACCACUAGCCAUACGACUGUGGAUCCUCGGCUGCAUGCGGUAUUUGCUGAGGGGGCACACCUUGUGGGCGUGGAUGGUCCAAGGGAUGAUCUUGCCAAGUGGAUGCUGGAAGAAGGAAACAACACAUCCAAACCUUGCAAGGUGUUGUCUAUUGUUGGUUUUGGUGGGCUGGGAAAAACAACACUGGCAAAUGAAGUCUAUCGCAAAAUCCAAGGGCAAUUUGAUUGUAAGGCUUUCAUAUCGGUCUCGCAAAAACUAGAUAUAAAGAAAAUUAUGAAGGAUGUGAUCUCUCAAGUGUCAUGCCAAGACGGAUCCACAAAAGAUACCACUGAUUGGGAUGAAAUGAAGUCCAUUUCAGAGCUAAGAGAAUUACUGCAAAAUAAAAGGUAUCUCAUCAUUAUUGAUGAUGUAUGGUGUGCACAAACAUGGAACACUAUCAAGUGUGCUUUCCCAGAAGAUAAUUGUUCUAGCAGAAUUAUAGCUACUACACGCAUCAUUGAGGUGGCAAAGUCAUGUUGUCCGGGUGGUCAUGACCGUGUGUAUGAAUUGGAAGCCCUAAGUGAUAUCCACUCCAGGAGAUUGUUUUUCAGAAGAUUAUUUGCCUCUAAGGAAGAUUUCCCUGAAAUGUUGAAAGAAGUUUCUAAUAAAAUCCUAAAGAAAUGUGGAGGCCUACCAUUGGCAAUUAUCAGUAUAUCUGGUUUGCUAGAAAACCGACCAGCCAUCAAGGAAGAGUGGGAGAAGGUUAAGAGGUCAAUUGGUUCUGCACUGGAGAAAACCAAGAGUCUAGAGGGUAUGAGCAACAUACUUUCUCUUAGCUACAAUGAUCUUGCACCUAAUCUCAAGACUUGCUUGUUGUAUCUAAGUUUGUUUCCCGAAGACCAUGUGAUUGACAGAAAUAAGUUAGUGAGGCGAUGGAUAGCAGAAGGCUUCAUUUCUGAAGAGCGUGGACAGAGCAAGAAAGAGGUCGCUGAGAAUUACUUCUAUGAGCUUAUCAACAAAAGUAUGGUCCAACCGGUGGACAUUGGAUAUGAUGGCAAGGUCCGUGCCUGCCGAGUCCAUGACAUGAUGCUAGAAAUUAUAAUUUCAAAAUCUGCUGAAGAUAAUUUUACCACUGUGGUAGGUGGAGGUCAAACGAGUUUGCCAAAUCAUCAAGGUUUUAUUCGACGGCUAUCAAUCCAGUACAUUGACAAGGAACUUGCAUCUGCACUAGCAAAUGUAGAUCUCAGCCAUGUUCGAACUUUGAUAGUAAUGUCAUCAUGUUGCGUCACACACUUGCCCAGUCUUGAUCGGUUUGAAGCUUUACGUGUUCUGGAUUUUGAAGGUUAUAAGGAUUUAGAGGACUAUGAGAUGAAAGACGUGGAAAAAUUAUUCCAGCUAAAGUACCUAAGCUUUAUGGACACAGGUAUAUCAAAGCUACCAUCAGGGAUCAUGAUGCUAGGUAAUCUAGAGACCCUAGAUCUUAGGAAUACAUAUGUGAAAGAGCUGCCUGCUGGAAUUACUCGGUUGACUACACUACGACACCUAACUGUAUUUCUGGAGAAGUUACCAAAUGGAAUUGGGGGCAUGAGGAACUUACAGUUGAUGCCAAAAUUUAUUAUAACCUCGCAAGAAACAGAUGUGUUGGAGGAUCUCGGGAACCUGACAAGUUUGGAGGAACUCCAUGUGGAUCUUUGUGAUAAAGUAUCUUGCAAGGACAAGAUAUGUCAAAAAGAGAUGUUCCUCUCCUCACUGUGCAAGCUUGGCAGCAGCAAACUCCGUUCUUUGAGAAUAGGAGCAUACAACAGGGGUUCCGUCGACUUCUUAGAUUCUUGGUCCCCUCUGCCAUCUUCUCUUCAAAGCUUUUGGGCGCCCAACCGCGAUUCGUUCACAAACAUUCCAAAGUGGAUUACACCUGCACUCACUAACCUUGCCGACCUCUGCAUCAGCUUAACUGAACUUACGGAAGAUGGGCUGCUUACACUUGGGCAGCUCCCAUCCUUACUCUGCCUCCAACUAUGGCUAUCAGAGAAGUUUGUUGGUACAGCCCAAGCCACUUCUUUCCCAAAUUUGAAGGUGCUUAACUUCACAGAAACAGAACGAGCAUAUGUUUCAUUCGUGAAAGGGUCUGCACCCAAGCUUGAGGUAAUUAGGAACAUGCCAUUCAGUGUGUCCGCGGCAAAAGCUGAUGGCUUCUAUUUAGGCAUUCAGCAUCUCCCACGUCUCGUAAGAGUUUACAUAGGGCUUGAUGAGGAAGACGCGACAUCUUCAGAAUGCAAUGCUGCAGUUGCUGCAAUCAGGAAAGAAGCAGGUAUCAAUCCCAAGCAUCCUGCAGUUAGUAUUUGGGGGGAACCAGAUGAGCAAGGAAGAUGGUGACCCCGAUGAGGAUUAAAAUGCUCCCAAACUGCAAGAGGAUAUUUGUUGAGCUGGCUUGCUUGCUUGGGAUGUCAUACCGAAGGAGGCAUCAAGCUAAUUAAUUAACAUUCCUUGCACUUCCAGUCGACAAGCUGAAAGCUGAAGCUGAAACAGAGACACCUCCGAAAAAGGGUGGUCUAGGGUCUCUCUCAACUGUGUUUGAUUGCCUCCAUUUCUUACUUCGAUGAUGCUACGUUUUGAGAUAAUAAAAUCGCCCUUUAUCGAGACAAGAUUCUUACUUCGAUGAUUCAAAUCUAAGGCUGGUGUUGUUAAUUCGCUUAUACUCCAUCCCCAGUAGCUUUAUGCAUUCGGUGGGACCUAAGAUCCAUUUGCUUUCAGGGUAAUUUGAUUUCUGUUUCCCUUUGUUCCGAAAUAAGUUUUGUUGAAUUACUGUGCUCUGAACAGAGCAGAUCCACCAUGGAACUCAUUCAUAUAUCUGCUACUAUAUGUUAUUGUUCGUCAGUUAUGUUCUGAAACAGCUGGGGACAAGAGCACGCUGUGAUACUCUUGAGUUUUGAGGUGAAGUAUCAUGGAACAAAAUUUUGAUGUGUAUGUAGUAAGUAGC